UUUGUGGACAUCAACAGGACUGCUGGGCAGGGAAAGGACGAGAGUGAGAAUGAGAUACGGAAGGCACCUGUUGGGGCCUGGGGUUCUAUGGGGUUCUCGUGUGCUAGAGAAGGCACAGCUUGCUCUAUAGGCCCUCCCUGUAGAAGUCCAGGCUGCACUGAGCUGGGACAUGGCUCCAGAGGCAGCCACUGGGACAGUGCCUGGUGCUAGGGAUAAGUGAGUGGCGCAUUCAGGUGAUGUCCUGCUUUCUCUACUCCACCAUCUUCAAGAAGUCGGAAUGGACAGACGAAGCAACAGCGUCUCCUAGGUCUCAGUAUCAGCUCCUAGCUGCCAUAUUCCCCCCUCUGUCCCUCUUCCGUGCCAGCGUAUCCUCGAUCUUCUACAGCUGCUGCAGGCAGACUCAUCAUGUGGACCCUUGCAGCCCUCCUGCUUCUAGCUCCAAGCAGUGGGCAAGCUGCUACUCUGGAGAAGCCCAUAUUGUCUCUACAGCCACCUUGGACUACAAUCUUCAAGGGCGAGAGAGUAACGCUGCGCUGUGACGGGUACCACCCCCUUCUGCUCGAGCUCCGACCCAUUAGCACUCUCUGGUAUUUGGGCCAUGUCCUCCUGCCUUCCCACCAGAAGAGCAUUGAGGUGCAGACGCCAGGGGUGUAUCGAUGUCAAACACGGGGAGCUCCCGUCAGUGACCCCAUCCACCUCUCUGUGUCUAAUGACUGGCUAAUUCUGCAAGUACCUUAUGCUGCUGUGUUCGAGGGAGAGCCUCUGGUGAUGCGCUGCCGUGGCUGGUACGACAAAGUCGUCUACAAACUUCACUACUACCAUGAUGGCCAGGCUGUGAGAUACUUCCAUUCUAGUACCAACUACACGGUGUUACAGGCACGAGCUAGUGACAGCGGUCACUACCAGUGCUCCGGCACCAUGCGCAUCCCAGUGGAGAGUGCGCCCAUGUUCUCCUCCAAGGUGGCUGUCACUGUGCAAGAACUGUUCCAGACACCCGUGCUCAGGACGCUGAGCCCGCAGGAGGCGCGCGGUCGCGUGGUGCUGCGCUGCGAGACGCGCCUGCACCCGCAGAAGCGGGACACGCCACUGCAGUUUGCUUUCUACAAGUACAGCCGGCCAGUCCGCCGCUUCGACUGGGGCGCCGACUACAUGGUUCCUGAGCCCGAGGUCGAGGAGCUCGAAUCGUACUGGUGCGAGGCCGCCACCACUACUCGAAGUGUCCGGAAACGCAGCCCCUGGCUGCAGCUCCCCGGGAGGGGCGCUGCCCUGGAUCUGGCGUCUACCACUGCUCCGGUCCCGGCUGCAGCCUUAGCCCCCGGAGAUAAGCCGCUUUCCUUCCGGAAGACCCCGGUGUCCAGAUCUGUCCCCUCAGUCACUUCCGACCCGAACAGCACCUUUGCGGGGCUGCAGUUGGCUGCGGGCCAAGUCCCCACUGCCGGGCCACAGGUCUGCGCGCCUCUGUCCACUUCAGUAGAACAGUCCCGCGAAGCUCUGCAGCCCAAAGUGGACCUCCUGCUUCGCGAGAUGCAGCUACUCAAAGGCCUUCUGAGCCGCGUGGUUUUGGGAUUAAAGGAUCCACAGGCCCUCCGCGAUCUUACAGAGACCCCCAAGACACCCAAUUUUCACGUUUCUGUGAGCCCCGGAACCCCAGAGACCACUGUCGUGGAGGGUGGGGUGGGCAGCUAGUGUCUGCUCUCCAGGAUGGUUCCUCCUGGAUCUUUCCUUCUUCAGCUCAUUGACAAACCUGAGACACAUCUGUUGGUGUCCCCUCGUGCUUCUGUGGUUUUUAAAGAAACGCCCCUCAAGUGUGGUGCUGUGGACUUCCAUUUUGCUAGACAGCUCGUAAGCGAUUGCAAGUUUGCACAGUAGUUUGUAAACAAAAGCAAGUUCUCUGGUGUGUCCUUUCUUCCAUAAUUCAGCAGAGAAGCAGACUGUUGCUGCUGCCUGUUUGUCAGUUUACACUCUCUCCGGAAGUGAAUUUAGACUGCACAGAAAUUAAGUACUCAUCCCAGCGUAUGUGGGUGUUUUGUUUGUAAUUGAAUUCAUUGAAGUUAGUGAGUGCUUUAGAACUAAAUUUUAGAGUCAAGUUGUAAUCAUUCAUAAUGAAUUUAUUCUCUAAUAUUAAAACGACUUUCAAAAUUC